UGUACCUAUCCCUGCGCUACCAUUCACACAUCACACACUAUGCUAGCCUCUCUCUCUCUCUCUGCAUAAUUUGAAUAUAUUAGCAUUAGUAUGUUAUAUGUGAGUUAGGUUUAUUUUGGUUUGCUUAAAUGAAAAUCUCACGAAUUUCGAUCGAGGCGUGAGCCACUCAUAGAUCUCUACACUGCACACCCAGUUUCCUUUCUCCAUUUCUCUCAUCCUUCACCUCCACGCAACCUAACUCAAUCCAGAUCCACUGAAAAUCGAAAACAUGGUACCAGAGAGGCCGUGAAAGCUAGAUAGUCAGAUCGCUCAUUUACAGAAAGAGAGAAAGAGAAAGCAGCGACGGUAAAUCCUUCUUUGGAGAUUAAUUUAACACCAUUCAUCAUUUCAUGGUUUAAUUAACGGAAGAGAGAGAAAGAGAAACAGAAAAGAGGUUUGUUUGUUGAGCGAGGGUUUAUAGAGGAGAGAGAGAGAGAGAGAGAGAUCGGAGAAGAAAAUGUCGUCGUCGAAUUCACCUUGCGCAGCGUGCAAGUUCUUGCGGAGGAAGUGCACGCAGGAGUGCGUUUUCGCGCCGUAUUUCCCGCCGGACAACCCGCAGAGGUUCGCAUACGUGCACAAGGUUUUCGGCGCCAGCAACGUCGCCAAGCUGCUGAACGAACUCAACGCCGCGCAGAGAGACGACGCCGUGAAGUCGUUGGCGUACGAGGCGGAGGCGCGUUUAAGAGACCCCGUCUACGGUUGCGUGGGUCUCAUAUCGGUGCUGCAGCACCGGCUCCGGCAGAUCCAGGUGGAGCUCACCAACGCCAAGAAGGAGCUCGCCACCUACAUUGGCCCUCAGGCACUGCAGGGUGUCCCAACCACCGGCAUUCUCCAGCAUCACCAUUCCUUUGCCUCGCAGAUGUUCCCUUACAACGGCGCCAUGGCUGCUCCGCCAGCUAUUGCUCAUGGCGGACAGUUGAUGAUUCGCGACGCUCAGACUGCCCCUCCGCCUCCGCAGCAGCAGAUCUUGGAGGCUCAGCAGCUGGCUGCUGCGGUGGUGGUGAGGGAUCAACAAGAUAUGUUCAGAGGGUAUGAUCAGCAUCAUCAACAGCAAGAGUUUCUGAGGUUUAAUGGUGGAGGGUUUGAUAUGGGUUCGGUUUCUUCCGGUGGUGGUGGGUACAGCCAGGUUAGUGGCGGUGGAAGUGGUGGCGGUUCUGGUGAUCAGUUGUCUCCUUCGUUGGCUUUGGGGUCUUUUGACAAUCCAUACCAUAUGCAGCAAGGGGAAAGCCAUGCUCACCAUCUUCCUCUUCAGGCGCAGCUGCUUCUCCCACCGCAGCAAAAGCAGGCUCAACAGCAAGCACAGUCACAGCAUAUUCCCGGCCACCACCACCAACAACCUUCGGAAAGCGAGGAGUGUAGGAGUGUCGGUCCAUCUUGUUGAUUCCCAAUUUUGACACAUCUUACGCCUUCCUCCUUUUUUGCUUCAACAAUUUUCAGAUUAGGUCGACUAUAACAUUUUAAGCAUAACACUCUUAAAAUCUUUCUUUGUUCCUCUUUAUCCCCAUAAAAUCGGAUUGAAAAGAGAGUGUGUAGAGCAUACGUUUAAGAUUCAAAUGUCCGGCGUGCUUUGUCCUGGAUUUGAAGGAGAUUACCAAUGUAGACAUAAUUGAAAAAAAGUAAGAUAAUCGAGCUUCUUCUUUAAUUUAAAGUAGUAGCCUUGAUUUUCUCUAUUUAUUUUUGUUAAGAACAAAAUUGUAAAUCAGA